AUGGCCGAGAACGGGCUGCCCAUUGUGGGUUCCGGCAUUGACCUCACCAAGGUUCCUGCUAUUCAACAGAAAAGAAGUGUAGCGUUUCUAAACCAGUUUGUGGUUCACACAGUGCAGUUUCUCAACCGCUUUUCUACUGUUUGUGAAGAGAAACUGUCAGCACUCUCUCUCCGUAUCCAACAACUUGAAACAACACUCAAUAUUUUGGAUGCAAAGUUAUCCUCUAUUCCUGGCCUA